GAAGAGAAUUCUCAUUCAUUGUCUCCAUUGAAGAAAGCAAUCAUUUUGUGAUCUUCUGCUCUCUCUCUCUCUCUCUCUCUCUCUCUCUCUCUCUCUCUCUCUGUGGUGUUCUUUUGUUUUGGGCUGGGGUUGAAGGAGGAGCACAAAGAUGGGUGGAGACAAGGCCAGUCUGGAGGAGAUCAAGAAUGAGACUGUUGAUCUGGAGAAAAUUCCUAUUGAAGAAGUGUUUGAGCAGCUGAAAUGUACUCCAAAGGGUUUGACUACCGAAGAAGGAAACACCCGUCUCGAGAUCUUUGGACCCAACAAGUUGGAAGAGAAGAAGGAAAGCAAAAUCCUCAAGUUCCUCGGCUUUAUGUGGAAUCCUCUGUCGUGGGUCAUGGAAUCUGCAGCCAUUAUGGCCAUUGCGCUGGCAAAUGGCGACGGAAAGCCUCCAGAUUGGCAAGACUUUGUUGGUAUCAUUUGCCUGCUGGUGAUCAACUCCACCAUCAGUUUUAUUGAAGAAAACAACGCUGGUAAUGCUGCUGCGGCUCUCAUGGCCGGUCUUGCUCCCAAAACCAAGGUGCUUAGGGAUGGCAGGUGGAGUGAGCAAGAUGCUGCCAUUUUGGUUCCUGGAGAUAUCAUCAGUAUCAAAUUGGGAGACAUCAUUCCUGCAGAUGCCCGUCUUCUUGAGGGUGAUCCGUUGAAGGUUGACCAAUCUGCCCUUACAGGAGAAUCGCUCCCGGUGACCAAGAAUCCCUCUGAUGAAGUUUUCUCUGGCUCCACAUGUAAACAAGGGGAAAUUGAAGCUGUUGUCAUUGCCACUGGUGUGCAUACCUUCUUUGGUAAAGCCGCACAUCUUGUGGACAGCACCAACCAAGUUGGGCACUUCCAGAAGGUGCUCACCGCUAUCGGGAACUUCUGUAUCUGCUCAAUAGCAGUCGGAAUGCUGGUCGAGCUUAUAGUCAUGUACCCAAUCCAGCACCGCAAGUACAGAGAUGGAAUCAACAAUCUCUUGGUCCUCUUGAUUGGAGGCAUACCCAUUGCCAUGCCCACGGUUCUGUCGGUGACCAUGGCCAUUGGGUCCCACCGCCUGUCUCAACAAGGUGCUAUUACUAAGAGGAUGACUGCCAUAGAAGAGAUGGCUGGAAUGGACGUCCUCUGCAGUGAUAAGACUGGGACACUGACCUUGAACAAGUUGAGUGUCGACGUAAACCUGGUCGAAGUGUUCACCAAAGGAGUGGAGAAGCCGCAUGUGAUAUUGCUGGCGGCCAGAGCUUCUAGGACAGAAAACCAGGAUGCCAUUGACGCGGCCAUUGUUGGAAUGCUUGCUGACCCGAAGGAGGCUCGAGCCGGGAUCACGGAGGUGCAUUUCUUCCCAUUCAAUCCUGUGGACAAGAGAACUGCCUUGACUUAUGUCGAUUCGGAUGGAAACUGGCACCGUGCAAGCAAAGGAGCACCUGAGCAAAUUUUAACCCUUUGCAAUGCCAGAGACGACCUUAAAAAGAAGGUCCACGCUGUCAUUGACAAAUUUGCUGAACGUGGGCUGCGGUCCCUGGCUGUGGCUAGACAGGAAGUGCCAGAGAAGAACAAAGAGAGUCCUGGUGCCCCAUGGCAAUUUGUUGGUCUAUUGCCCCUCUUUGACCCUCCCAGGCAUGACAGUGCAGAAACUAUUCGCAGAGCUCUCAAUCUCGGUGUCAAUGUCAAGAUGAUUACUGGUGAUCAACUUGCCAUUGCUAAGGAGACAGGUAGGAGACUUGGAAUGGGAACCAAUAUGUACCCAUCUGCUUCUCUGCUUGGUCAUGACAAGGAUGUUAGUAUCGCGGCGCUUCCUAUUGAAGAACUCAUUGAGAAAGCAGAUGGUUUUGCCGGUGUUUUCCCUGAGCAUAAGUACGAGAUUGUGAAGAAAUUGCAGGAGAGAAAGCACAUUUGCGGGAUGACGGGCGAUGGUGUCAAUGAUGCCCCUGCUUUAAAAAAGGCAGAUAUUGGAAUUGCUGUUGCCGAUGCUACAGAUGCUGCACGGGGUGCUUCUGAUAUUGUCCUCACAGAACCUGGGCUGAGUGUUAUCAUCAGUGCUGUCUUGACUAGCAGAGCUAUAUUCCAAAGGAUGAAGAACUACACUAUAUAUGCAGUCUCCAUUACUAUCCGUAUAGUGUUUGGUUUCAUGCUUAUUGCUCUAAUUUGGAAGUUCGACUUUUCUCCAUUCAUGGUUUUGAUUAUUGCCAUUCUAAAUGACGGAACAAUCAUGACAAUUUCAAAGGACAGAGUGAAGCCAUCUCCAAUGCCUGAUAGCUGGAAACUGAAAGAGAUAUUUGCCACCGGUAUUGUGCUCGGAGGUUACUUGGGACUGAUGACCGUUAUAUUCUUUUGGGCCAUGAAGGAAACCGACUUCUUCUCAAACCAUUUUAAUGUCAGAUCGCUGAGGGAAAACCGGGAGGAAAUGAUGGCUGCUCUGUACCUUCAAGUGAGUAUCGUGAGUCAGGCGUUGAUAUUUGUGACAAGAUCUCGUAGCUGGUCAUUCGUUGAGCGCCCAGGGCUUCUUCUAGUCAGUGCUUUCAUGAUUGCACAACUCGUUGCUACAUUGAUAGCUGUAUAUGCCAACUGGGGCUUUGCUGAAAUUAAGGGAUGUGGGUGGGGAUGGGCAGGGGUCAUCUGGCUCUACAGCAUCGUCUUCUACAUGCCUCUGGAUAUUCUCAAGUUCGCUAUUCGCUACAUCUUGAGUGGAAAGGCAUGGCUCAACUUGCUAGAAAACAAGACCGCAUUCACCACCAAGAAAGAUUACGGCAAAGAGGAGAGAGAGGCCCAAUGGGCUCUUGCUCAAAGGACUCUUCACGGUCUCCAACCGCCGGAGACUUCCAGCAUCUUCAAUGACAAGAACAGCUAUAGGGAGUUGUCGGAGAUUGCAGAGCAGGCCAAGAGACGAGCUGAAGUUGCAAGGCUUCGGGAGCUCCAUACGCUCAAAGGUCAUGUCGAGUCCGUGGUGAAGCUGAAAGGAUUGGACAUCGACACGAUCCAGCAGCAUUAUACCGUGUGAAUAACUUCAUCGAACUCCGUUGGAAAGAGCUGCGAAAAUGGUCCCAAGGUUGGCCACUUCCCAAUUAUCAUGGUCGUGACGAUCGAUUCAAAGGACUAACUAGCUAAAAACUUGUCUUUUGUUCCCUCCCUUCUUUUCCCAUGUAUUUGAAGGCCAGAAAGAAGGCUCAUGUUUGCUUUGCUCUCUCUUUUCCACCGUCCAGUUUCAAUAGAGGAGCUAUGUAAAACUUUGUUGCGCCAUUUCCCAGCUUCAAUGGUCCUCUCUGUCUUUAAUUUAUGCAUCCAAACUUUGUAUCUCUUUCCGCCA